CCGGACUCCAACAAUGAAGGAUAAUCAUGGAUCCGGAUAUGAGUGUGUUACUCCGGUACCGCCGAACGGAGCCCAGUCAGCCAAUAGCGAGAGUCGUGCUAGGCAAAGUUCGUUUCAACAACGAUUGGAGUUACAUAAAAGGAAAGCACAUAAUGUAGAGGAGGAACCUUCAUUCUCGCUUGGUCUUACUCAAGAAGAACAGAGUGUGGGUAUAGUUAAUGUUUCGGUACGCGAGGAUGAAUUCGCGGAUCUUGUGCCUCCUAUACAUGUAGCUGACAACAUAGAAGAAAGGCAAUUAUGUCGCAAGAGCAAGAGGCAGAAGACGGUUCCGUCAGGGCUUCUUGAAACAUACCAGUGUGGUCCUCAUUUACUGUCACGGUUGAGAGAAUAUCGGAAGUUCAUUUUCUUAUUGGAUGAUAUGUCUGCUAUGGAAAGGAAGUUUGAAAAACUGUCAUCAGACGUAAAGAGGAAUUUGUAAGUAUUUUAAUUU